CAAGGCCACAGGCGAGGAUGGAAUUACAGCGGAGCUUCUGAAAGGGGUGGAAAACCGGUAAUCUAACUCUUCCAUGGUGGCAUUCCACCGGAGGCGUGGAGCAGAAGUGCGGUGGUCUUGUUCUUCAAGAAAGGUGACAACGCUCUUUUGAAGAACUACAGACCGAUUUCCUUUCUGAGCCGCGUCUACGUGCUGUUUUUGAGAAUCAUUACGAAUCGUCUCGCGCGCAGACUUGACGACUUCCAGUCUCCCGAACAAGCCGGUUUCCGAAAAGGCUUUAGCACCAUAGAACACAUACACACCCUUCGGCAAAUUGUACAGAAAUCCGAGGAUUACAAUUUGCCACUGUCAUGUUUGUUUGUGACAUGAUACACAUGUCUGGCGUAUGUGGACUAUGAGAAAGCCUUUGAUUACGUCGAAAUUUGGGCGGUGCUGCAGUCCCUUCAGUGAUGCCAAGUUGACUGUCGGUAUAUCGAAGAGCUGAAGUGCUUGUACAGUAGGGCUACGAUGGCUAUCCGAGUAAAGAACCAGAGUACAAAAACUAUCCAAUUGCAGAGAGGUGUAAGACAGGGUGACGUCAUAUCCCCGAAACUCUUCACCGCUGCAUUGGAAGACGUUUUCAAGCUUCUGGACUGGAAAGUAUACGGUAUUAACAUCAAUGACGAGUACCUCACUCACCUUCGAUUUACCGACGAUAUAGUCCUUAUGGCAGAAUCACUGGAGAACCUAAGUACUAUGCUUAAUGACCUCAGUAGUGUUUCCCAACGGAUAGGUCUUAAGAUGAACAUGGACAAAACAAAGAUCAUGUUUAAUGUCCAUGUCGGUACCUGUACCGUACCGGUACCUAUGCCGGUAUUUGUCGGGAGCACUAAGCUCGAAGUUGUUGACAAGUAUGUUUACCUGGGACAAAUAGUACGACUAGGUUAGUCCAACUUCGACUGAGAGGUCAAUCGACGGAUUCAACACGGCUGGGCAGCGUUCGGGAAAUUACGGCACAUCUUCUCGUCAGGUAUACCUCGAAACUUGAAAACGAGACUGUACAACCAGUGCGUGUUGCCAGUGAUGGCCUAUGGUACUGUGACGUGGUCCUUCACUGCUGGCCGGAUGAGGAAGCUCAAGGUCGCUCAGUGAGCUAUUGAGAGGGCUCGGAGUUUCUCUGCGUGAUAAACUUAGAAAUGAGGAUAUCUGCAGUAGAACCAGAGUGAUCGACAUAGCCCAACGGAUUAGUAAGCUGAAGUGGCAAUGGGCCGGCUAUGUAGCUCGAAGAACCGACAACCGAUGGGGAAAAAAGUUUCUCGAGUGGUGGCCUCGUACCGGCGGGCGAAGUGUAGGGCGUCCCCUCACUAUAUGGAGUGACGGCCUGGUAAGAUAUGCAGGAAGUCGAUGGAUGGAAGUGGCUCAGGACCGUGCUUUGUGGCAUUCCUUGGGGGAGGCCUAUGUUCAGCAGGGGACUUGUGAAGGACUGUAAUGAUGAUGAUUAUUAACUUAAAAUCAAUAUAUAAUAAUUUGAAUUCAAUGCAAGCGUUUUUGUUCCUUUUGUGAAAUCUUUACUCUUCAUUGGGGCCCCCCAACAAAUUUUGAUACAGGGCCCAUCUAAGGCACGCUACGCCACUGUUUGUUACGGUUAUCUUAUUAUACUAUUUUCAGGAAGCUUAGAUCAAAGUAGUGUCAUACCUUUGGUUGAUGGGGGAACAGAAGGAUUUAAGGGCAAUGCAAGAGUUAUUUUACCAGGAAUGAGUGCUUGCAUAGAAUGUACACUAGAUUUAUAUCCUCCGCAAAAAACCUUUCCAUUGUGUACUAUUGCUAAUACACCAAGGUAUAUUAUUUUGUUUAAAUAUCUACUAUGUAUGUUUUUUCCUCUUUAAGUUCAUAAAAUGUAUUUAUUAUUACAUUAAUUGGUUAUUCUAUGAUAAUCAAUAGCCGUGGUAGUUCAGGGGCUUUCUCGCACGUACUGUGCUUUUUUCAUUAAAAGCACAGUAUGUGAGCACUCAGGUUCGAUUCCCGCCGGCACUAAUAAAAUUGUUAAUUGUAAUUUUAAUUGCUGAUUAACUACAUGCCUCGGCAGUGGAAUAAAACAUUGCUAGGAAAAAAUAAAAAAAAUAUAUACAGGGAUACAUGUGAAAUUUGUGCAAUUGACUGACAAUUUAGUAGUUCUUAUUUCUUCUCUGUCAGUCCACAGAUAUCUACAUAAUAUACAAAUAUAAUUGAUUAAGAAAGUCAUCAAAAUACAGAUGCAAUGUCAGCCAUGAGAACUAAGAUAAAAUGUCUUGUUACCAUUAAAUGGAUAUCCAAUCCUCGCUACUCAUUAUACAAAAUACAGCAGUGCUAUGCCUGUAGUAUUCAAAGCCAGUAUGGUCCUGUCUUUGUAAAGCACACAGUAGUGCUGCAGAUGUAAAACACUUUAGUGUGGCUCUAUCAUGUAUAAAUGGGUUGAUAGCUUCUCUCAGGUCGCCACCACACGUCUAAUUUUUGUUAGAAAAAAUUAUAAUAAUUAUUCUACAAUUAAAAGUUGGUUUCUACCACCUUGGUUCCAUUUCUGAACACUCUUUUGGUGUCAUGAUACAGAAUCGUAAUGUUUUGGGCUGUAUUUAUUAUUCAUAUAUCAUUCAUUAUAAGAUGGGAUUUAUUGUAAUUUGUUUAACUGACUUCAAAAAGGAAGAGGUACUCAAUUCAAGUACGCCGCAUGAGUCAUGUUUUUUCGUGCGUGCAGCCAGCUUCAUCAAAUUAGAAAACGUUGUUGCGUCAAAAUUAAUUUAAUCACGGUCUGACUAGCAGGUUUUGAGUUAUCCUUAAUAAUUUAUAUUACCACUUGUUAACUAUAACAAGUGGUAAAAUUAAUAAUUUUGUACAACCAACUUCAAUAUAAAUACAAUUUAUUGUUGAUUUUUUAAAAACCGCUUGACUCAUUUCGAUAAAAUUUAAAUGGCACGACCUGUUAAAUAUACUCUUUGAAGCAAAAAAGAAUUUUCCAAAUCGGUUCAGGCAUCUUCGAGUAAUCGGUGAACAUACAUAAAAAAAAAAAAAGAUUCCAAUGAAUUGUUAACCUUCUUUUCUUCCUUCCUUUAUUUAAGUUGGUUGAAAAGAACUACACUGAUGUAUUAGGUAAUUCCUGUUAUGAUUAAGUUUAAUAAAUAAAUAAAUUGUCAGCCUUUUUCAAUCCAUUGUUGGACAUAGGUAUCUGUUUCUUACUCACCACACACUCACUCACAUCUUAUAUUAGUAAAAGUUCCAUACCUAAAUCACUAAUAUUCCGGCUCCUCCUUACUAGAGCGAGAUAUUUGAGUUUGGCAUAUUUGCAUUGAUAUACAGACAUUUGGUCAAUGGUGUAUAUAGAAUAAGGGUGACAAACGAGCACAGUCCAUCUGAUGGUAUGUGGUUGCUGUGGCCCAUAGACAUCUACAAUUAUCCUCGAUUAAAAAUUAAAUUGCAGAUGUGUUGUCACUCCUGAGGACUAAGACAGAAUACCCCUUUUCCAGUAAAAAGAGUCUGGUUCUCUACAUUCACCAUAUGAGCUGAACCAUUCGUGCUACAACCAUAAUAUAGAUGCACUUUGGCUCUAUCACAUAAAUUAACAUAAUUUUGUAUAAUACAGCAGUUAACUUUGGUAUUGAUCACAAACAAACCUUAAUCUGAACUUAUUACAUGAGGUAUUCGUUAAGCACUAGUAGCAGAAGGUAAAUGUCUCCGUUUUUGUGCAUAUAUUUAGUGUUAUAUUUUAUACCAUUAUAAGUGAAAGGAUUUUUUUUAAAUACUAAAACUUAUUUUUUGUAUUGCUUAGAUUGCCUGAACACUGUAUUGAAUAUGUAAAAGUUAUUCAGUGGCCUAAGGAGAAUCCUUGGGGUAAUGCAACUCCAUUGGAUGGAGAUGACCCACAACAUGUAGCAUGGGUGUUUGAAAAAGCACAAGAGAGGGCCACAAAACAUGGUAUAACAUCAGUUACCUACAGACUGACUCAAGGUGUAUUGAAAAACAUUAUUCCUGCUGUAGCCAGCACAAAUGCUGCAAUAGCUGCUACAUGUGCAACUGAGGUUUUCAAGCUAGCAUCAUCAUGUUGUACUAACAUGAACAAUUAUAUGGUUCUCAACAUGGCUGAUGGAGUAUACACCUAUACAUUUAGUGCAGAGAAGAAACCAGAUUGUGUUGCCUGUAGUAAUACAACUCGCAUAUUGGAAGUUGAGGCAGAUGCAGUUUUGAUGGACAUAUAUGAGAAGCUGAAGGAAGAUCAAGCAUAUCUCAUGAAAAAUCCAGGUAUAACAACAGUUAUCAAUGGACGUAACAAGACCUUGUAUAUGCCUUCGAUCAAGAGUAUAGAGGAAAGAACAAGAGAUAAUUUG